UUUGUGGCGAGUCAUUUACUGGUGUUGAAGUGCUGACGGACUUUGUACUUACGAAACUCGAGGAGUCGGCGUUUGUCGAGGGCACAGUGGCCGGUUGGAGUUUUCACUCGCGUUAACUUGGCAUUCCUCGUGUGUUGUGUUGAUGGAAAUCGACUAGCCGGAAAGAGGAUCCGUUCUCAUGUUAGGCGAUUCCCGCAUCCUCGUAAAGUCACGCACGGAAUCCGUCUGUUCCGGAUAGGGCACGGGCAUGGUGCUGCUGUGAAAUCGGAGACAGACGACCGCAAUGGCCACUUAUUACGAAAACAUUCAAGUGUUCGACUUCAGCUGGAAGCAGGCGUUUUGGAACAGAUACCCCAACCCGUCCAGCGCUCAUGUUCUAACAGAAGACACAAUCGAGCGAGAAGUUCGUGACGGCAAACUUUAUACAAGGAGACUCCUUUCAAAAACCAAUCAUGUUCCGAAAUGGGGCGAACGAUUCUAUAACGCAAAAUCUGUAAAAAUUCUUGAAGAUUCGGUGCUCGACCCGAAAAAACGAACACUCACAACUUAUACAAGAAAAUGGCUACAAACGAAUAAUGAGUGUUGAUGAAAAAGUUGAGUACAAAGAGAGAGAAGAUGGAAAGACUGUAGCCAUAAGAUCUGCUUAGAUAACUUCACAAGUGUUUGGUUUCUCAAGGGCAAUACGAGCAUUCGAUGUUGAACGUUUCAAGACCAAUUGCCAGAAAGCGACCA